AGUUGCUGUUGCACAGCCUCGUAGGUGAACGAGUAAAUACUUCUGUUUACCUCUACACAGUUCCUGUGCGGUGGCCGUUGUUGUUGGUGUUGUUUGGCUCCUCACGAGGUGUCCUCAAUGCGUCACAGGCCAAACGUAAACACUAGAAAGGGGGAAAACCCAACGUAUUUCUACCACACCGCACUUUACUCUAUUUCUUGUGGUUAUUGUUGCCGUUGAGCUCGGGAAAAAAUAUAUACAUAUUUGGUAGUUGAUAAUUAACAAUACCUAGAACUAGAGAGAGAGUGACAUACAAACGCAGACAUAGUAUAGGCGCCAUGAAUCUUGACGCGUGGGAAGAGCGGGUGCGCCGUGUGCAACCUCUCGAAGUGAAGGAGAUGCAACUUCUUCUGCGGACCGCCGUGAACCUGCUGGUUGAGGAGAGCAACGUGCAGGCUGUCCGCCUCCCCGUCACCAUCUGCGGUGAUAUCCAUGGGCAGUUCCCCGACCUGCUCCGCCUGUUCGAAGUCGCCGGCGAGCUGAAGCGCGAAACGGUCAGCAUGAACUACGUGUUCCUCGGCGACCUCGUCGACCGCGGGCGCAACAGCGUGGAAGUGCUGACCUUUCUCCUCGUUCUGAAGCUCAGGUAUCCCGACAAGAUCACCCUUAUCCGCGGCAACCACGAAACGCGUCAGGUCACCACGAUGUACGGCUUCUACGACGAGUGCGCGGAGAAGUACGGCACGGUAGAGAUUUGGAAGCUGUGCACGGAGGUGUUUGACUGCAUGCCGAUUGCGGCUCUCAUUGAAGGCAGAAGCCUGUGCAUCCACGGCGGACUCUCGCCGGAGAUUCGCGGUGUGGAUCAGAUCCGACUGCUCAACCGGCGCCAGGAGAUCCCGAACGAGGGCCCGUUCUCAGAUUUAGUCUGGUCCGACCCCGAGAACGUCGACGGCUGGGUGGUGUCGCAGCGCGGCGCCGGUUUCCUAUUUGGUGCCUCCGUCACACGGGAGUUCAUCCACCGCAACCGACUGAACCUCAUCGCACGUGCCCACCAGCUCGUUCACGAAGGCUUCAAGUACCAUUUCGAUGAGGAGUACCUGUGUACUGUAUGGUCGGCACCAAACUACUGCUACCGCUGCGGCAACUUAGCGAGUGUCCUCCGCAUCUACGAGGACAACUCUCGCGAGUUUGUUGUCUUCAAGGAGGUGGAUGCGCAGAUCGCCGCGUCCGACGAGCCCAAAACAAAGGAGCCUGCCUACUUUCUGUGA